AUGCGGAAACCCUCGGCUUGUGCUGCGUGCCGGGCCCGCAGGCGUAAGUGUCAAACUCGCGAGGGCCUCAUUGACUGCGUUUACUGCGACGAGAGGGGCAUCAAAUGCGAUCAAAGACCGCCCGAGGGAGGCUACUAUGAGCAACGAGAGAAUCAGCGUAAAGAACGCCUGGUAGAAGAGCGGAACCUAUCCGUACAUCAGCAAAGUAGUCACAGCGCAGCAGCCGAAAGUGCAUCGUCUGCAUCUCAAAGUGGUGGCUGGUGCACCCGUUGUGAGACUACUUCACAUGCCGCCGCCGCACUGCCCAGUCUGCCGGUCCGGCUGGACCUCGUCAGACUCUACUUUGACUACAUCCAUGACCAGUUCCAUUCCCUCUUCCAUCGGCCGAGUUUCAUUGAGGAUGCACUCGGCGACCGAGUGCACCACAGCAUCCUUUAUGGUAUCUGCGCGCUAUCUGCGAGAUUCUCAACCGACCCGCAGUUUGCAGAUGUUGACCCUCGAGACAGAAGCCAUGCUUACAUACGAGCUGCCGAGGCACUUCUAAACCUACGUGAUGUAUCUCUCCCAACGAUACAACUCUGCGUGUUGAUAGGGGCAGCAUUGACUGCCAAUGGCGAUGGAGAAUCAGAAAACAUCUACUACGGCGUCGCAUGCCGCAUGGCGCAGCUGCUGGACCUGCCAGGCAGACCGGCUACCAGUCUCUUGGAACGAGAGAUCAACAUACGGGGUAUGAUUGAGCCUCCAUUUCCCAUUGUUUACCCGUUGGCCACGUUCAUCUUCUGGUGGUCGCUCUGCAUGAUCGACGUGUGGUCCUCCACUGCGGUGAAGUUACCCAAGCUGCUCCCGGCGAGAUCCGAUAUCCCCUUGCCGAUGGACGAUCUACCGUUUCUCUCGUUGAGCCGCAGCGGAUCCGGAGUAACGGGUACGGCAUCGGCCGCCCAAAGCUCUCAACUCCUCUCGCAGAUGGUGAGACUCAACAGGAUCCUGUUGGAUGUCAACGACUUUAACCAGCGUUGCGUUGCGGAUAAUCCUACCUGGGAUGUCCUCGAGCAGGGCGUUGAGUCUCUGAGAAUAAGAAUGGAAGACUGGCUCGCCGCACUCCCGGCGAAUAUGCGUGAUACCCCGGAAAACUUUGCCUGGUUUGCGGCCCGUGGCCAGGGCCGGACAUACGCGGCCGUUUACCUAGGCUACUACCACUUUGGCCAGCUCUUGUAUUACCAGUUUCUCUACGGCGCGGCGGCGACGACAGCCAUCAACCCCACUGCCUCAGCCUCUGUCGCAAGGAGGGACUCGUACGCGAAGCGCUGCAAGGAACACGCGGCUCGGUUAUGUGACAUGGUCUACCGCGCCCAGACAACAGCCGGGUCGGACGUGCGGUACACGAUGACGGCGCAUGUACUCGUCAUUGCGUCGACGGUACAGAUUCACACACUCUUGUUCAGUGGGGAUGAGGCGGAUAUCAGUGUGGCUCGGAGGCGCCUGGAGAGAAAUUUCGAGUUGCUGAUGCAGCUACGGUGUUACUGGCCUACUACUGACCGGGCCAUCAGCCGUCUAAGAGCAUUCCAUCAGACGGCACGUACGAGCAUCGACACGAGUUUCGUUCUGGACCGUUGGAUGUUGAGGUUCCUGGUUGAGUUCGCGGAGCCAAUGGAAGAAAAGGAACGCGGAGACGGGGAGGCGAUGGAGUCAUUGUGGAUGGACGGGCCCCCGGUGAGGGGAGCCGGACCUGUGUAG